AAACGCGUGGAAAAGUGUCAAGUGUUUGUGUAUGUGUGUUAUGGUCGGAAAAUUCUGUCAGUGCGCCAGUGCAAGUUGAGUGGCCGUGUCGAGUGAAGAGUUUUCGUGUUUUUUUGUUGUGACGAUCCCAGAGAAUUGGCUCCCUAAAUGCUAAAAAGUGUCCACAGUCUGUCCAAUUGUGCGAUGUUAUUGUAAAUGUGUUGUAGCUGGUGCAAUGUCGGUCCAAAUAGCACGUUGUCAGAUACUUAGAAUCGAUCUAGCACGCUUUGGAUUAAAAACAUUGGCUGGCGCCCAGGACAGUCGAAAGGAAACGUGGUGUCGACGUGGAAAGCGGUACUAUUGCUCAUCGAGUUCACCAGAUUCAACAACACAAUCCCAAUCACAAAGUGCACCUAAAAAUGUAGAAGACGUAACUGUGAAGUAUAUCCGUGGGCUUCCUCAUGUCACUGUGCCACUGCCAAGUCGAAAUGAGCGAUGUCAGUUUGCGCUCAGGCCGAUAUCUCACAAUGUCGGUGACUUCCUCACGAUGCUGCACGAGGAGGAUCGUGGCAUCGAUCGCGCGGCUGUCCUGAGCAAUGAAGGCGUCCGGAUAUCGUCAGCGUGCUCAAUAGAAAAUCUUAUGGAUGAUAGUUUCUGGCUCCACAUUAACGACAAGCAAUAUCACGUGAUGCCACCGAUAAGAGAUAAAAUCACAACGGAAGAACUCACAAAGAUAGGUGAUGUUCGAGUACUUGUAGCGCAGCUCUAUGAGGCACUUAAUGUUGGUGAGCAUCAGAUUAAAAAAGAACGGGAAUUGCAUGAAAAGCUCGAGGAGUUGAAUAGUAAAAUUACACCCUUGGAACAGAAAAAGUGCGAACUGGAGAUGAAAGCUGUGAGAAGAACUAACAUUCUCACGUGGGUUGGUCUGGGAUUUAUGUCUGUUCAAUUUGGAAUAAUCGCCAGAUUGACCUGGUGGGAAUACUCAUGGGAUAUUAUGGAGCCCGUCACAUAUUUUGUCACAUAUGGCACAGCCAUGGCAGCGUACGCUUAUUAUUGUAUUACAAAACAGGAAUACGUGCUGGAGGACGUACGAGAUCGACAGUUCCUCAUUGCUAUGCACAAGCGUGCGAAAAAGCAGGGACUGGAUUUGGUGCAGUACAAUCAACUGCGCAGAGAAAUUGCGGAUGUGCAGCAGGAUUUGAGGCGUCUUCGGGAUCCGCUCCAUCUGCAUGUACCCGCAGUGCCCAAGAAGUACUAUGACGAAUUUGACCCCGAUGGUAAGGAGAGUGCCACGAGUACGAAAGACAGGAUCAGGAGCAUUCUCAGUGCUGCUACGAAAAGACUUAAAAAGUAGGAUGAUCGCGCGCAGAGUUGAAGGGAAAACGAAACUUCUGGUCCAUCAUAUGUGUUUUUUUUUAUUACAACUUUUUUUCUUUGUGAAAUAUUGAGUGUUGCCUUUGUUUUAUUUUUUAAUAUCUUAUAGCCUGUUGAAAAGUGAUUUUUUACCUCGUUGUAUCUCCUGAAAUUUUACACCUUGUUUGAAAUGUUAAAUCAAAAUUGAUUGAAGGGAAGGAGAGCUAUGUUAUCUACUCUAAUUUAUUGUUGUCAACGAAAAUCAACUCGAUAUAGUUUGUAAGUCAACAAUGUUGAUGUAUGCUUUAAGAAAAUGGACUAUGUACUUUUAAAAAAAAUUAAAUGACUAAGAAUGGUGAUGAUGGAAAUAUGGGGAUGGGCAACUUUUUAGCAUUUUUGUUCUUCAUAUUUUCUUACUUAGUAUUUAGAUUAACCUCUUUUGAUGGCUUUAAGUUUCAGCGCAGAAAGAUUUCUCGAAAUUUCUCGAAAAGAGUCUAACGUAGAAAAUAUUCAAAAAUUGGGAACAUAACCUCACAUUUAUGAAAUUUUUGACGUCUUUCUUUGAGCGUCAAGGAUUUAUUUAUUAAAAUAAGGUUACAUUGGUCCUAACCUAAAAAACAAACUGAGAUGUUGCGGAGAUAAAUUACAAAUUUGUCAUUUGAGAGAUAAAUGAAUUAAUUUCGUCGAAACAUGAGGGUGAAAUUUAAAAUUAUAUGAUAGAUGACAACAAAAGAUAAGUUAACUCAGCACCUAGGCAUUCUAGUCAUGAAAAACGGAUUUGAACUCUGGACUUACUCUUAGAAAAGCGAGUAGUACUCUGUCGGAAUUCGGUAAAUAGAUUAUAUACAAGAAUUUGAGGUUACUUACGACCUAACCUAAAAAAAAUCUAAUAACAGAAAAUUUUCAAGUUCAAUGUUACAAGCGAUUUUCUUUUAUUAUUCUAAGGUAUGUAAUCUUUUAUAUCUUGAAAUUUGGUAAUCACUCUAAAACAUUUCAAACUGUCAUGAUCUGUGUUGUUAUUAAAUGAGGUUAGAAAUGAGAUUUUGAUUUACUUUUGCUGACAUACCAUUUUCAAUUUAGUGAUAUUCAAUCUAUUAAAAUUUAACCUUCUACUCUUUCAAAUUGAAAUCAGAUAUAAUUGACUGCCUGUCAAAUAAAAUUGAAAUUUCAAUUUCGUUUUUAAUUUCCAUUUGGCAGAAAGAGACAGUUAUAACCAGCGUCAUUAAAUCUAAAAUGUGGUAAAUUCUAACCUCACUAAUAAGAUAAUUUCAAUUUUUUUUGACAGUAAAUGACAGAUAAUCUGAUUUCAGUUUAAUAUAGUAAAAGGCAAAAUUGCAAGCGAUUGAAUUUCACUAAAUUGAAAAACUGUUCUAGGUCCCAUAAGGAACUAAUUUGGUUUUUGUCAUGGACUUCAAAACAAAAAAUUCUGCAAAAAAUGUGUUGAAUUUUUGAGGUUAUGCUUAAGAUAACCUAAAUAUUUUCUAAUAUAUCCAUUGAUUGGCCUAAUUAAUCAUUGGUAAAAAGUUUAUUUUAUUUUUACUUCUAAAAGAAAAUAUUCAUGCCAAUCAUUUUUUUUUUCAAAAUGGAAAAUUAAUAACACUAAAAUUUAAAAUUUAAAAUCCAUGGUGUGAUUUUUAGUCAUAGAUUCUAACCUUACUAAAAUUCUUUUCUAUAAUAUCAAUUGAUCUUAAGGCUUUUGAAGCUGAAAUUUCUACAUAUUGGGAUUCAUUUUUUGAAAACUUUUUGGGUUAAGUUAAACUUAACCUUCAAAAUUCAAUAUUUAUUUUGAGUGACAGUUACUACAGAAUGUUUUUGCCUUUUCGUCUAGAAGAAUUUUUCAUUAAUAAUUUGGCUUGGACAGCAAAUCUCAUUUGCAAAUUCUUCAAUAAUCUAAAAAUAUAAAAUUUUUAAUCUCAGAAACAAAACAAAAAUUGAGAAUUUAAAAUUUUUCCUGCACUUCAUGGGUAUUUCUGAAUUCUGUAGAGCAGAUUUCAGUGUUUUUUUUAUUGAUUAAAACCCUUUAGUGUACAAAUUGAGAUUAGACUGUGUUAUUUUCUUUAAGGUUAGAUCGUACAUAACAUUCAAUUCUAAAAUAUUUAGUCUCUCUUCGUAAAAGGUCCGUAAUGGCUUCGGUACAUUUUUUAGACGAGAAGAAUUCCAUGAAGUCAAAAUUCACAUCUCUUUAUUUACAAUAAGCUUUGAAUAUCUAAUAUAUUUAUUUCUUAACCUAUUGAAAUAAUUCUUGAUAAAACAUCACUGAGAUAAAUCCGAAAGGGUUAAAAUAACAUUCCGGAAAUGUUUAUUUUACCCUGCAGUAUUGAGUCGAAAUCGGUGUAAAUAUUAUGCUUUUUAGGUGUAUUAGGGGUUAAAGUUACCUUUUUUCGUGUUAUUUUCACCCUUAAAAAGGUGUAAAUUAACAUAAAAAAUGUUGAUAUAUUUUUACAUCUAAAAAGUGUUAAAGUUAUGAGGAAAAAAAGUUAAUCACACCUUUUUUUCUCAGUGUAGAGACACAAAUAACUCACUUGGGAAACGUCUGGCGGCGCUGCGGUUGCAAAAAAUCUCUGAAAUGUGACAAAAUAUUUUACUUUCUUAUUUAUGCUUAUUAGCAGGUCGUGUAUCUUUUCGUAAUGCGUAUUUUUGCAUUCCUUAUUAAUCAAAAUAGUGCUGUACAAAAGGGUUUUUCUCAAAACUAUCCUGUAUUUUGAGACACCUAAGAAGAAUAUUAGACACCUAAGAACACUUUUUAGGUGUAAAAUUAUAUCAACAUUUUUUAAUGUUAAUUUUGCACCUUUUUAAGGGUAAAAUUAAUAUGAAAAAGGGUACAUUUUACCCCUAAUACACCUACAAAGCAUAAUUAUUUACACCGAUUUCGGAUCAAUACUUCAGGGUAAAAUUAACAUUUCUGGAAUGUUAUUUUAACUUUUUCGGAUUUCUCUAUCUUUCUCUCGAGUUGAAUUGCGCGCGAUUUAGGAAACUUGUCAUUUGAAAUGAUAUUUUCUUUAAAUUUCUUCAUAUUUCCGCAAGAUUCAAGGAAAAGGGUGUUUAGAGUGAACAGUUAUUCGUCUUCCGACAAAGAUAUCAAGAAGACAAUUUAUUUUUAUGAGAGUUUUUCUUUCUAUUAUGUCUUUGACGCAAAAAUAUUCAUCAUGGCACCGUGAUAGAAUUACCAGCACGGCUAUCUGCAAUUUCCAUUAGAACAAUCAACACAAACUUUCCGAUAUUACAUGACUUUUAACGAGCACAUGCCUGAUGUAUAUGAAAGAAAGAAUUUUCAAUAUUAAAUUGGCACAGACCAUGGAAAAUGAAUAUGGUCCAAAUGUUCCAAACAAAAAAUGUCGCCACUUUUAUCCGACGAAGGAUCAAAAUCGACAGAGCGGUCAAAUCGUUUAGGGAAGAAAAGAAUGCUGAGCAUUACAUAACCUAACAAAUUUGAUAUUCAAUUCAGAGAGAAUGCCUUGUUUAAUAUUCGUUAUUAAAUAAAUCAUGGAAGUUGUUGGGUGUAUUUCAGAAUGAAAAGCUGUUUUUUAUUUUGGAAAGUACCAUAUGAAGCAGAAGAAAAUUAUGACAUAACCUAAAAUAAAAUCCUUUCCUAAAUUUCAGGUAAUAUAUGUCAUCUGCAGUGGCUAUGAAGAUAAACAAUGCCUUAUUAAUUUAUUUAACUCUUAAAUGACAAAAAUUAUUGAUAUGAACCUCUCCUAGAAAGGGCAGGAAGGAUAUAUUGACGUUUUGUGACACCAGAUUUUUAUAGGUUAAAGCCCAUGUAAUCUCACUUUUUUAUUAAAACUAUCACUUAGGUAUAAAUUGUCUUUGUUUUUAUUCUAACCUAAAAUGUAAAUAAUCCGUAGAACCAUAUGAAAGCUCAUCCCUAGUGUUAAAAAAAGUAUGAAAAAAAACUAUCCUAAAACAGUAAUAAUAAGUAAUCGAAAUAAUAAACUCCAAUAUUUGAUUUCCUUCGAUGCCAACUUAUGAGAAUCUUCACAAAACUACUUCAAACUAAUUAGAUUAGAAUGAAAACAUAUAACUUUAACAUCAUCUUGUUAUGGAAUCUUGUUACAACAUUUCCUUUUUGCUAAAAUAUUUGCUUGAGAAAUGAGAAGUUCUUCUCAUGGUUUUUUUUAGGGAGGGUUGCAUGGAGGCUAAUUAACUUCACAAUCACGUAACAAAUUGUUCCAAUCCUUUCGCUAAUGUAGUUGGAACAUUUUGCGCAUUCUCUACUAAUUAUUACGAAGCAAAAAUUACAUAAAAUUUAUUCCUUGUUGAUAUAAAAAUGAUAAUAAAAUUUGAUAUAUUUUUGCAAAAGAUUAUAUAAACUUUCAGAUUGUUAGAACUUUCAUCAAAAGCAUCGAAAAUGUUCAUUUGAAAUGAAAAAAAUAACUCUAUUUCUUCAUAAAUUUCUUUUAAUUUAUGUUAUGUAGAAAAAUUACUGAGAUUUCUGAAGAAAAAGACUCAAGAACAAAAUCACUUCAUAUCAUAAAUUCUUCAUGUGAUGACUUUUUUCAAGAAAAAGAACUAGAACUAUACAAAUUAAGUGAGAUUGAGUGCAUUUUUUGACAUUUUUAUGAGCUUCGCACAAAGUUGAAUUGAUAUUUUAAAUGCUUCUUGACUUGAUUUUCGCUGAAAUUCUGCACAAAUUUUCACAUGAAUAUGGAACAAAAUAAAAUCAAUCAUUGAAUCUUAAAAAAAAGGAAAAAUAAAAACUAAAAUCCUCUCUUGAUGAAAAAAAAAUGUUUUAAUGCACAAAUCCGUCCUUAAUAUUCUUCUUCUUAAAUUUCAUGUGAAACUGAGCAAGAGAGUUUAAAGAAAAAAAUUGAAAGCAAGUCAAAAAGACGAAAGAAUUAAACAAAAAAAAAAUCUUUAAAUGUAAAUAUAGAAAGUAAAAGAAAAAAAAACUGCGAAAAUCUGCAAGUAAAUUUUUAGCACUAACAAACUUCCCUAGAAUGUUAAAAUUAUGGAAUUCGAGCUUGAAUUUCACUCAUUUUAAAAAAGAAAAUUUACAAAAAAAAAAUCGAUCGAUUACGAAAAUUCAAAAUUUUACUCUUCUAGUCUUUAACACUCUCCCUUUUUGAGCAAAAACAAAAACACUUUUAAUAAAAUCCCUAAAAUCCUCAUUAAAAUAUUCAUCACUAGUGUUAUUUACCAAAAAAAAUUAGACUAUGAAAUUUACUUAAAAGAAAAGAACAUAAAAUAGUUGAACUUUUUUCAAAACAAAAAAAAAACAAAAA